UCCUGAGUUCAGCUAGAGCAUGGGUUGCCUCUUGCCAGCAAAUGACAUCAGAGUCCCUAACCAACUCAACCUUCUCUAUUUUCCAGGUCAAGUCCCUGCUCCUGGUGGUGUUGGGGCUCACCUUCCUGAGGGAGGGGGCAGCUCGAAAAAACCCAAAAGCAGGGGAUGCUGCCCUGUGCCCUCCUCUGGAGGAUAACAGUGUGAGGGUUGACAUCCGCAUCCUCAGGCAAAACCAGGGUAUUUCCAUCUCAAAUGAUUUUCAGAACCGCUCCAGCUCCCCUUGGGAUUACAACAUCACCCGGGACCCCCACCGGUUCCCCUCGGAGAUUGCAGAGGCCCAGUGCAGGUAUUCGGGCUGCAUCAAUGCCGAGGGGCAGGAAGACAGCUCCAUGAAUUCUGUUCCCAUCCAGCAGGAGUUCCUGGUCCUGCGGAGGGAGCCCCGGGGCUGCACUCGCUCCUUCCGGCUGGAGAAAGUGCUGGUGACGGUGGGCUGCACCUGUGUCACCCCCAUCGUGCGCUAUGUGCACGCCUGAACGUCCGCUUGGCUGAAGAAGCCCUGAAAUACCACUCCCAGAGCUCUGCAGCUAGUCCUCCAUGGUCCCAAUUCUCUCCACUUCAUCGGCCUCUUGAUAAGACUGGGCGGAAUUCUCAGAGCUCUGUAUUAGAUAGAGUGUCAACUUUCUGGGGGUGCUUCCAGAUCAUAACCUAGU